AUGAAAUCCAUCUUUUUUCUUUUCCUGCUGGCAGCAGGUUGUGUUGUGGCUGUGGGUCUGACAAAAGAGUAUGUAUUCAUUAACUCUGCAUUACAGUGGAAUGAGGCUCAGACAUAUUGCAGACAAAAAUACAAAGACCUGGCCACCAUCACCACUAUGAAGGAAAACAAUCAACUCUUUCCUGCUCCAUUUUUUUAUAGUUGGAUCGGUCUGUACAACACAUUAGGCACCUGGGAAUGGUCUGAUGGAGAACAGACUUCUUUCUUUAACUGGUACGAUUAUCCACAAAGUGAUUGUGCCACAAUUUUACCUUAUCCUUAUUAUGGUAAAUGGUAUUCCUUCUCCUGCACAAACUCAUUUACUUUCUACUGCUAUCAAUUCCUGAUCCUGGUGAAGGAGAAGAAGACCUGGGAAGAGGCUCAGGAGUUCUGUGAGACUCAGUAUACUGGCUUGGCCUCUGUGAGCUCCAGUUGGAGUCUGGAGCAGCUGAUACAAGAGACAGUGGGGACGGAGACGGAGAGCGUGUGGACCGGCCUGCACUUCAUGGAUGGACAGUGGCUCUGGGUGAACGAGGAGCAGACGUGGAGUCAGACACAGAGUCAGAUGUGGAGUGUGAUAUGGAGCCCGAUGUGGAGUCAGACACAGAUCCUGGUCUCAAUGCCUUCAUGUCCAGCUCAGUCUUACCGCUGUGGAGCUCUCAACACCACAUCAAACACCAUGAAGAACCACAACUGCAACGAGAGGCUGAACUUCAUCUGCUACUGGACGUGAUUUUACACAAGUUCACACCUCCUUCAGGAAGAUUAUACUGUAUACUGCAUCACACUGUAUAAUCAUUUAUUAUUGCUUUAUUUUUUAGAUGUCUUUACUAAUAUUUAACUGGGUUUUAGCUUCUGAUAGACAAACUGUAACUGAACACCUGAGGAGGUUAUGUGUUGGUGGAGGUUCAGAGUUUAUAAUAAUGGGACAUUUAUGUGCUCAAUUUAAAACCUUCAAUCACUAAAAAUGAAACUAGAUUCUUCAGAACAAUAGUUAUUAAAUAUGUGACACAAAAACAUUAUUUCUCAUGUAAGGAUUCUGAUAUUUGGAUCAAUAUAUUAAUUUUAAUGGCUAAAUAUAAUAUGUAUUGAUGUGUACAUGUUUUUUAC